AUGGCUGCCCAGGCUAGCGAGAAGCUGCAGAAGCUCGACCUCAACGGUCAAAGCGGCGACGCGGAGGCGGACGCUCCUGCCGCUGGUCAAACACAAGCCGGAGAGGCGGAGGACGACUCCGAUGACGAUGAAGUAGAGGAUGGAAAUGCUGCCGGCGAGGGUGCAGCCAGCGGAGGUGGCGCCAAGGUCCAAUCCUCUCCUCCGCGCGUUCCCCUGUCGACUCUGUUCGCCGGAAAGGAAUACCCCGAGGGUGAGAUCGUCGAGUACCAGAAUGAGAAUUCGUACCGCACCACCAACGAGGAGAAGCGCUACCUCGACCGCAUGAAGAAUGACUUCCUGCAGGAGUACCGUCAGGCUGCUGAGGUGCACCGUCAGGUUCGUCAGUAUGCGCAGAAGACCAUUAAGCCUGGUCAGACCCUCACCGAGAUCGCGGAGGGCAUUGAAGAAUCCGUCCGUGCCUUGACUGGUCACCAGGGUCUUGAGGAAGGUGAUAACCUCAAGGGUGGUAUGGGUUUCCCCUGUGGUCUCAGCAUUAACCACUGCGCUGCCCACUACACCCCCAACGCUGGCAACAAGAUGGUGUUGCAGCAGGGUGAUGUCAUGAAGGUCGAUUUCGGUGCCCACAUCAACGGCCGCAUCGUUGACAGUGCUUUCACCGUGGCUUUUGACCCGGUGUAUGACCCUCUCUUGGCGGCCGUCAAGGAUGCUACCAACACUGGUAUCCGCGAAGCGGGUAUUGACGUCCGCAUGAGCGACAUUGGUGCCGCUAUCCAGGAAGCCAUGGAGAGUUACGAAGUUGAAAUCAACGGGACUAUGUAUCCCGUCAAGUGUAUCCGGAACCUCAACGGUCACAACAUUGACCAGCACAUUAUCCAUGGUGGCAAGAGCGUUCCGAUUGUCAAGGGUGGCGAUCAGACCAAGAUGGAGGAGGGUGAAGUGUUUGCCAUUGAGACCUUCGGCAGUACCGGAAAGGGCUACGUGAGAGAGGAUAUGGAAACCUCUCACUACGCUUUGAUCCCUGAUCACAGCCAGGUCCCCCUGCGUCUCUCUUCGGCGAAGAACUUGUUGAACGUCAUCAACAAGAACUUCGGUACUCUUCCCUUCUGUCGCCGUUACCUCGACCGGUUGGGCCAGGACAAGUACCUCCUUGGGUUGAACAACCUGGUUUCGUCCGGAAUUGUCCAGGACUACCCGCCUCUUUGCGAUAUCAAGGGCUCCUACACUGCCCAGUAUGAACAUACGAUUGUCCUUCGACCCAAUGUAAAGGAAGUCAUCAGUCGCGGCGACGACUACUAA